CUGCACUCGGGGCUGAUGCCCCUGGGUUCUGCGGGGCUGGGGGGGAGCAGGCCCCCGAACUGUGCCCCCCCCGCCGUGCAGGAGAAGCUGAAGCCGGCGUUCCUGGAGCAGCUGCCCAAGAAGCUGCAGGAGCUGUCGCGGUUCCUGGGCUCCCGGCCCUGGUUUGCGGGGCAGAAGCUCACCUUCGUGGACUUCCUGGCCUACGACGUGCUGGACCAGCAGCGCAUGUUCGCUCCUGAGUGUCCCGAGCUGAAGGGAAACCUGGCGCAGUUCCUGCAGCGCUUCGAGGUGAGCGGGGCCGGGACAGCCCGGGGACAGCCCGGGGACAGCCCGGGGACAGCCCGGGGCCACUGCGGUGUCCCGGCCCCAUCUCCAUCCCUGACACCCCGGUGUCCCCAUCGCCCACCCCGCUGUGCCUGCCACCAUCCCUGACACCUCAGUGCUGUGCUCUUUUCCCAUCCCAAGUGUCAUCCUUCUGUCCCUGGUGUUUCUGUCUCCAUCGCAUUCCUUUCAACCCUGUAACCUCAGCCCUGACCCGCGGUGUCCCAAUCCCAGUCCCUAAGAGCACGGUGUCCCCAUCCCUGAUAUCCCAAUGUCCCCAUCUCAUUCCUGACACUCCA